ACGAUGUAUAUGCGCGUGCACUUAUUCCACCGAUGCUUCAACGUUGGCCACCAACGUUGUUGCGACGUCGUAGCUGACGAUUCAGACAACGUUGUAAUAUUGCAUGUUGCCAGACAACGUUGGGCCAACAUUGGACACAUCGCUGGUCUGUGUAUGCAUGUGUACUUAUAUCAUGAUGCAACGUGGCCUGCCAACGAGAGAAAUAGAAGGGGGUGGGGAAGAGAGAACACAAGUAUGCACUUUUGAAUUGACGUCAUAAUUAGCGGGCGCCCGAUAAUGCCAGGCCCGUUAAAAUUCACAUGAAUUUGGCCACUAUACAGCAAGGAUCAGUGAACUUGACCAACUGACACUAUUCCAAGCAGGUCGACACAAUCUAUUGAAGUUUUGUUUGGUGGAAGAAUACAAAUAUUUAUUAAUAAACGAAUCGAUACCGGAUAUGUUGACCUUGUCUUUUGUUAUCAGCCAGUCUCGAUUUGGCUUAGAGACUGCGUUCAAAUGUAAACAGUUAAUAAAAAAACCUACUAAAAGGUGACAAAGUACAUUCUACAAGUAUAGCUAGAUAUCUGAGGAAAUAAUGAGCUAACCAAAACGAACAUGACGAGUAUUCAUCUUAUAAAUUAUUUCGUUUUGCUUAUUUUAUAUAACCAAAUUGGGACUCGAGCUGCAUCGUUCAACCUCACAAUCCUCCAUACAAAUGAUUGCCACGCUCGGUUUGUGGAAACUGACCAGAAUGGGAAGGUAUGCUCGGCAGAUACUGCCGAGUGCUUCGGCGGGGUCGCACGGCGGGCUACCGUAGUGAAUGGAGUGAGGGCCGGUAAUCCUGAUGGGCACGUUCUGUUUCUCGAUGCCGGUGACCAGUUUCAGGGGACCGAUUGGUUUUAUACCUACCGUGGAAACGCGACGGCACACUUUAUGAAUUUAUUAGGAUAUGAUGCUAUGGUUCUUGGUAACCAUGAGUUCGACAACGGAAUAGGCGGAGUGGUUCCCUUUCUGCAGAACGUAACGUUUCCAGUGUUGAGCUGCAAUAUCGACUCCACAAGCGAGCCACGCCUACAUGGCCUCUACGUCUGCAGUCACGUGUUCCAAAUGGGCGGGGAAAUGGUGGGCGUGGUUGGCUACACGCUCAAGUCUACUCCCGAAUUUUCAAAGACAGAAUCGCUGGUAUUCAGCGAUGAGAUCCCUGCUGUUCGAGCGAGGGUCGAUGAUCUCAUAGCCAGUGGAGUCAACAAAAUAAUUGCUCUCGGUCAUGCAGGGUUGGACGUCGACAAGGCCGUGGCCAGGGAAAUUAAAGGCGUCGACAUCGUGGUUGGUGGACACUCCAAUACAUUCUUGUACACAGGUGAUCCCCCCUCCAACCAAGUGCCUGUUGGAGACUACCCUUACAUCGUGCACCCUGUCCAUGAUAGCGAGGCAUCUGUGCUUGUCCUGUCAGCCUACGCCUAUGGGAAGUACCUGGGGCACCUAGAUGUCACCUUCGAUGAUAACGGGACAGUGACAGACUAUGCCGGGAAUCCUGUGCUCCUGGACAGCAGUGUGGACAAAGACCCCUCCAUAUUGGCUGCUGUGGAAGCUUGGAAGAUCAAAGUUGACGAAGUCUCCAACACCGUCAUCGGUCACACCGAAAGUAGACUGAACGGUGACCUCGCGACCUGCGGAACACAGGAGUGUAACCUCGGCAAUGUGAUGGCUGAUGCCAUGCUCUUUGAACAUGGUAUGGACUGGUUUGGCGCUAACAUUGCCAUGACCACCUCUGGUAGCAUCGCUUCAUCCGUAGAGGCAGGCAAUGUUACAACCGGGGAUCUCAUAACUAUAAUGCCGUAUGGAAAUACUAUCGAUAAAAUUCGCCUCAUGGGCAGUGAUCUCCUCCAAGUCCUAGAAGUAGCAAUGAUGACCUUUGACCAAACAACCCCAAUCUACAGCUUUCUACAAGUGUCUGGGAUGGUGAUAGAGUAUGACCUGACCAAGGAGAGCGGAAGCCGGGUCUACAGAGCACAGUUCCGCUGUAGGACAUGCACAGACGAUGGCACCAACUUGCUCAUGGACAUUGACCCCGAGGCCCAUUAUGAGGUCAUCACUAACAGCUAUAUGGCGGCUGGGGGAGGGGGGUUCGAUGUCAUAAGGGAUAACAAACUGGAUCAUAUAUCAGGCAAUGGUGACAUUGAAGUAACUUCGAAUUACAUCACGUCGAACUCCCCUCUGAACCAAGCCGUGGAAGGCAGGAUCAUACUCUAUGAUGAAUUCAACAGACCCAAUUCGAGUCCCAACCUCAGGCCCGCUUUUGGACUACUCAUUGCCUUGUUUCUUUUAGCAACAUGUCACAUAUAUUAGCCUUUUAUGUAAACAGUGUAGUCUUUUACAAUGAACUUCAAUGAAGCUUUAUAGGAAACAAUGGUGAAAAUAGAUCAGUAAACAGAAAGUCUACCCCUUUUUUUAAACGCGAGAGAAAUAUAAAGCAAGUAUCACACAGAAAAUUUCAAACAGAUCAGGUGUAAAAAAAAAGAGAAUUUUAUGGCAUUCAAAAUUUUUACAAAACAAUGAUGCGAUAGUAGCCUUGUGGUGUAGCCGUUCAGACUCUCACCUUGAGUCCUUUGGCAAGGUGUCAAUUCACACUUUGCCAAUCUCCAACAAGGCGUCACAAAUAUCAUGGGUACCCAGUAGGAUGCGGAAGCUUAUGUAGUAUGCCCAGGAAUUGAGUAGUGAAAAUCUUGUUGGAAUUCUCUCUCGUAUGUUGAGAAAGUGCACAUUAUCCUUUGUGGUCAUUCUAUUCCGAUGACUGGGUUAAAAAGAUAUCUUAUUUAGAGACACCGAUCCUAUAUAUUAAAGGGAAAUGAAACCUUUGGAAUAGGCUUGUGUAGA